AUAUUAAACUUAAAAAUACAACCUAUUGUUUGUCGUAUAUUUAAAAAAAGACAUCAAAAAUAAUGAUCAAUAAUAUAUUGAAUUCAAUUUCCAUAAUUGCUAUUAAUUUUCAACAAUUAAUAGUCGAAACCAAUGCCGAGAUAUUAUUGUCAAUAAAUAAAUUGAAUGAAACAUAUCCACGACUACCGGUUUGGUCAUCGGCACUGUCGACUACGUUUGCCAUAUCAGUCAUACCGUAUUUGAUCUUAUUUUUCAUACCAUUGAACAAUACACCGGAAUAUGCAUCACAUCUUCGUGUUUGUCUGAGUCUGGCCGCCGGCGGACUACUGGGCGACGCAUUUCUUCAUCUAAUACCAGAAUCGCUGUCAUCGUUGACCAGUCAUGACGAUCGACUGGGUGUCGGUCUUUGGAUAUUAACCGGAUUUUUCGGGUUUUUUAUUAUUGAAAAAAUGGUCAGAAUUGUCAAAGAUUAUCAACAAUCUGGUGGUGAUGUUAGUCGCUGUGGUGCUGCUGCUGAUGAUAAUAAUGAUAAUGAUUAUAAUAUUUAUGACAACAAUAUGAAUGGUAAUCAAAUAUUUGAUUUAAAAUUAAGCAAAAAGAUAAAUAAUAAUUAUAAUAAUAAUAAUAAUAAUAUUUGUAUCAAUAAUAAUAAUCAUAAUCAUAAAAUAUGUGAUAAAUUAGAUACUGAUAAUAUAGACAACAGUGAUGACCAAAAUAAGCAGAUAAUUAACCAGAAAUCUAACUCAAAUUCGGUCAACGAUAUAGAUGUUGCCGGCUAUUUGAAUCUUGUGGCCGAUUUGGUGCACAAUUUUACCGACGGUCUGGCCAUUGGCAGUUCGUUUAUGGCCGGCCACAGUGUUGGUCUGGUUACCGGCAUUGCCAUAAUGGUUCACGAAAUACCGCACGAAAUCGGCGACUUUGCCGUACUUAUUAAGUCCGGGUGCUCUCGGCGUCGGGCAAUGAGUUUGCAACUGUUAACGGCUAUUGGCGCCCUAACCGGUACAGUUGUAAGCCUAUCGAUGGGAACUGUAAGCAAUAGCGGCGACAAUUGGGUGCUGCCGUUUACCGGCGGCGGCUUCAUCUAUAUCGGCACCGUUACGAUACUACCGGAGCUCUCACAGCUAACCGAUUUGAAACAGGCUUUUUACGAGUUGUUUGCACUUUUAUUUGGCAUAUUUAUUAUGAUUUUGAUUAUCUGACUUUGAUUUUAUUUAUUG